CCGUCAUUCCGCGAUCCGUUCAUAUUUCACCAUGAAGUCCUGCGGGUUGGCUGUUCGCGCUUUUUUCGCAUUCACUUUUCUCUUCGCCGUCCUCCACGCGUCCGGAUCGUCCGCCGACACGUGGUACACUGCGUCCAACGCCACCGGCAGAGCCAUGCAACCGGAUAACCGAUGCAUUUUACACAUGGAUGAUAUAUACAGAGUAAAUUACUGCGCGGACAGAGCCUGUCCGAACUGGAAGUGUCAAGACGAUUCAGCAAUAAUACACGGGACGUGUUGCGGGUGUCCCAACAUUUUUGGAGAUGAUGUACCGGUAUUGUGUGUAAAGGAUUUAAAAUGCCCACGUUUAAUGAAGGACUUGUGCACUAAUUUCAACUUUAUGGUUUUAUGUUGUUGUUCCCGUAAUAAUAAUAAUCAUAAUAAUAACGUAAAUUAUUAUAACUACAAUAUCUAAUUUAUAUUUUGUUAGGUCAAAUCGAAUUGUAUACCAAAAUAAAUUCAAU